CCAAAACAGUAGUCAGAGACUCGUGCACCAAUAAUCAACUUGGACUAAUUAUCAUAGCGUAAUGAUAACUACAGGAAAAUUAAAUGAGCUCGAAAUCAACACUUGGCUCCGUGCCAGCAUAUGCAUAACGUCGUAACGUCACCUGCACAUAUAGGCUGCAUGCAUCUGAAUGAUAGGAAAAUGCUACUGAAUAUUUAAACACCACAACUUGACUCUUGAAGCACAUUCAUUGUCAUCAACAAAGACAAACUACUCUUCCUUCAGUCACCGCAUCGAAAUGAAGAAAGCUGCAGAGCUGGUGUUCAUCCCCUGCGCCGGUGUUGGCCACGUCAUAUCAACGGUAGAGAUCGCAAAGCUUCUCGUAUCUCGAGAGGACCACCUCUUCAUCACCGUCCUCGUCAUGAAGGCCCCCUUCGACUCCAAAGGCAACGAUGCCUGUACAGAGUACUGCAUCACACAAGCCUCGGAUCGCAUCAAGUUCAUCAAUCUCCCACAGCCCGACGUCGACUUCCUAAACAUGACCCGCAGCAACUUCCGCAAAUCGUUCUUUGAAAGCCACAAACCCUACGUCAGAGAUGCCGUCACCAAACUCCUCGCCGGCUCGUCCGAGUCAUCAACCCCUGGACUCGCCGGGUUCGUCAUCGACAUGUUCUGCACCACCAUGAUCGACGUGGCCAACGAGUUCGAGGUUCCUACCUACAUCUUCUUCACCUCCAACGCUGGCUUUCUGGGGCUCGUGUUCCACCUCCAAAUGAUCCACGACGAGCAUGACGUGGUCAUCGCCGACUUGAAAGACUCGGAUUCUGAGUUGGUCCUCCCGAGUUUUGUUAAUCCGGUACCUAUCAAAGCCCUGCCGAGUAUACUUUUGGAGAAAGAGGAGGCAAUCCCAUUCUUAAACUACGCAAGAAGGUUCAGAGAGACCAAGGGUAUUUUGAUAAAUACCUUCUCAGAUCUGGAACCGCAUGCCCUUCGUUCUCUUGAUUCUUAUGGGAAGAUCCCGCCGGUAUAUCCGGUGGGACCACUUCUAAAAGGGGAGAGUGACGAUAAUAACCCUAGGGGAUCAGAUCAGGCCGGCCGGGAGAUCUUGAAAUGGCUUGAUGAUCAGCUUCCAUCGUCGGUCGUGUUCUUGUGCUUUGGCAGCAUGGGAAGUUUUGGUGAGGAUCAACUGAAAGAGAUUGCCUGCGCGCUGGAGCACAGUGGGCACCGGUUCUUGUGGUCCAUACGUUGCCCCCCACCAAAGGGAAAGAUUACUCACCCCAGCGACUAUGCCGAUCCCGCAGCCAUCUUGCCCGAGGGCUUUCUCGAACGGACGGCUGGGAUUGGGAAGGUCAUAGGGUGGGCCCCACAAGUGGCGGUGUUGGCCCACCCGGCCGUGGGAGGUUUUGUAUCUCAUUGCGGGUGGAAUUCGAUACUGGAGAGUCUUUGGUUCGGUGUGCCUGUCGCUACGUGGCCAAUGUACUCGGAGCAACAAAUGAAUGCAUUUGAGAUGGUGAAGGAAUUAGAAUUGGCGGUGAAGAUUAGUGUAGAUUACGGGUGGGACUUUUAUAACUCCGGUCAGGAGGAGCAAAUGGUUUUGAGUGCCCAAGAGAUAGAAAGAGGAGUUAGGGAGGUGAUGGAGCAUGAUAGUGCCAUAAGGAAGAAGGUGAACGAGAUGAGUGAAAUGUGCAAGAAAGCAUUGAUGGAUGGUGGUUCUUCCUACUCUUCAUUGGGACGUUUUAUUGAUCAGAUAUUUCUUUGAUCAAUUUUAAUAUCAUGGCUACAAUCAAGCAUUAUGUUUUUCUUGUAGUACCAUCUAUAAAGGGGAGUGAAAUUCACACUUUUUAUUUUACAAUCCA